UAGAUGAUUCUUCAUUUCUCUCGUAAACAAUUUUUCAUAUUCGCGGGGUUGAGCUUAAUGGCAAUUUUUCUAAUUUGGAUUUUCUACGUGACCACAAAGACUAAAUUAAAAUAUCAAUGUUUUAAUACAAAAGUGGAUACCGGCCAAUCAACGUUGGAAUUGGUACAUAUUGUCAUGCGUCAUGGACCUCGUACUCCUGUCGACACGUACCCAAAUGAUCCAUAUCUAAAGAAUAAAUUUGAACCUAUUGGCUGGGGUCAUAUAACCAAUAAAGGUAAACGUGAACUUUACGAUCUCGGUGUUUUAUUAAAACGACGUUAUGGUAAACUUUUGGAUCCCUAUUAUACACCAGACAAAAUAUAUGCUCAAGCUACAGCCUCACCACGAGCGAUGAUGACAUUGUCCACGAUUUUAGCUGGUAUGCUACCACCAUUGAAUACUGCGAUGGAUUGGUUAAGUGGGUUCAAUUGGCAACCGAUACCAAUAUUUUCAGAACCUUUGGACCAAGAUUCGUUACUUUUAGUACGCACGCCCUGUCCGCGAUACUUUGAGGCACGCGAAGAGGUUUUACAAUUGCCAGAAGUUAAACUGGAAAUGCUUAAAUAUCAUAAUUUGUUUAGAAAUCUAACGGAAAUCACCGGGAUGGAAGUAAGCAACGCAGAACAUGUCAACUCCUUAUACAUCACUUUAGAAGCGGAAAAAGAUUUUAGUUUACCUUUACCUGCAUGGACUCAAGAUUACUUCCCCGAGAAAAUGCAAUUCUUAGCUGAAGAAAGUUAUAUUUAUAAUGCAUACACUAAAGAAAUGCAAAAAAUUAAAGGCGGUCCAUUCCUCAAAAAAAUGUUUGAUGAAAUGCUAAAGAAACGUGAUAAUAAAUUAAAGCCAUUGGACCGAAAAUUAUUCAUUUACACCGGUCACGAUUGGACGGUGGGAAAUAUAUUAAUGGCUUUGCAAAUAUGGCAAAGACAAAUGCCACGAUUCUCAGUAAUGGCCAUUUUCGAAUUACAUAAGCAUUCGAAGACGGGUGACUAUUAUGUAGAGAUUUUCCUACGUAAUAGUAAAGAAGGCUGUUUACAACAACUACAAGUGCCCCGUUGCGAACUGAAGUGUCCUCUAGAUAAAUUAAUUGCUUUUAGUCAUGAUGUUCUACCUAAUGAUUUAUAUGCAGAACGUUGCAAGCCAAAGAAUGCUAGCUUUACCGAACCACCGCCCAGGUUAAUUGAUCAGUAA